AAUAAAUGUGGUCUACUUCUCAUGGUCUUUCCAGUUAGUCACAUUUCAUAUGAAUGCUUGAAACGCUUACAGGAGCGCCUCCAACACCAUGUCACGACGGCGCUCAAGCGAGCCAAGUCCAACGCGAACCCCUUCGCCACAAUGGGGUGCGCACCCCCCAAGGACAUUGAAUGAACUUCUGUACCAUGACACAGUGAAAAAGGCUUUUGCCAACGAAGCCGGAAAUGGCACCGAACAGUUCUCCAAAACGUCAGUAGUCGACGUCUUCGAAAUAUCUCCAGAACAUGGCGGCAUACUUAGGGAGCAAAUGGAUGAUGCUGGAAUUCGGGACUGGCUAAAGUUGGAGACAAGGCCGACGCGGAUGCGACUUCUAUUCAUUGACGCCAUUUUGGACUGGCCCGACAUGCUUCCAGUCACUGAGUCUGUUCUCCGUGAUAUUCUGGAGACGUUCAAGGUGAAUCCGAGAUUCAUCGACAUCCUCACUCGCCAGCAUAUGCCUGGGCGAGAGGUCCACCGUCACAAGACCGGUAACAUCCGUCACGAGAUGUGGUAUACCGCUGUCUUGCGCAGCGACGGUUCCGCGAUCCGAUACCAGAACCAGAAUCAGAUAAACGACCUCUCGAGGCAAUUCGCCUAUUGGCAGCGGUUCUGCAUGUGGUCCGACUACCAGUCCCAAGGACAAGGGAAUGGGAGCGAUUGCAGCGCGGCGACAUACAUGAUCUGGCGCUGUCCCCACGCCAUCAAGCAGGCAUUCUUCCGGACCUUCACGGGCGAGACGGGAACAAAGCUUUUGGAUAAUCCUAUGGCUGUGCAUGCAUUCAUUAUGGACAAGAUCCUGCUGCGCACAUACGACUUUCUGGCCUACUUUUCGGGGCCCUUAUAUCGGUGGGAGAAAAAAGCAUCCGAACUUCAAACGCCAGACGACUACACAGCACGAUCCCGUGCAUUUUUAGCUCUGGCAAGGCAGAUCCAUCAGAUAUCUACUGACUACGACAUCUUGCAGUCAAGCAUCCAGCAUCUGAAGGCACAAACGGAAUGGUUCAGAAAGACUCUCAAUGCCCGAGCAGAUAUAGAGGAUCAUAUACAAGAUGCCCAGUCUACUAUGGACGACAUCUUCGAAAACCUGACGAAAGAAGUCAAGCUCAUCGGGACGUACACGAGCCUGUACCUUGAGCGCAGCAAGAUCGGCGUGGAUGAGUGCUUCGCCAUGAUCAACCAACGCGACUCUGAGCUCAACAUCCAAAUCGCGCAGGCCUCGAAUCAGGACAACCGCUCCUUACGCAUUAUCCAAAUUCUGUCAAUGAUCUUCUUGCCUGGGUCCUUGGUUAGUAGCGUGUUCGGCAUGGGCUUCUUCACCACUUCCCCGGGUGAUAAUGGGGGUGACGCCGUGUUUGCAGCGAGUAGUCGAUGGUGGCUUUAUUUUGCUGUGUCAGUUCCUUUGACAGCUAUUGUCAUGGUUGUUAUGCUGUAUUACCAGUGGCGGGAUAGCGGAAAGGCGGAAGAGCAAUGGAGUUGGCGUAGGAGUUCAGCUGCACUUGAUCCGGAGGCACAAAGUUUGAGGAAGAAACAGAAUUGAGUGAGAAAAUAGCCCAAUACAGUACCGCUGGCACCGAGAAU